CCACGCUAGUAUAAGUACGAUUGAUGGUGGUCCCCAUGUACCCAACAUCAGGAGGCGAUUCUCAACCUUUUCUUCCUCCUUUCCCUUUCGCUUUGCCGAAUGCUGAUUGCUUGUUCAGUUGCUGUGCUUUUAUUAACACCGACUUCUCGCUUAGCAGAUUACACUCAUUAUUUUCUAUUCCCCUCCGACGACGAAGGUAUAAGACGGGAAGCCCUCCAUUCCUUCCAUCGGUCUCUGUUCUAUUUUGAAUUUCAUCGUCAUCGGAACCUACCGCCGAUGAAUUCCGCGACCCACAUCAAAUAAUCGAAAGCUUCUUUUCCAAGCUGUCUACUUGAUUCUUGAGCUAUAAUUUGUAUCUGUAUGUGCCAUACUUUGGACUAAUCCCACUUUUUUCGUCUUAAAAUGAAUCAGGUUUCAGCUCCUGCAUAUUCGCUGCGAAUUUUGGCUUCUCGUGGUUUCUUGCUAUCCCAAGGUUAGGCGGCCCUCAUCUUUGAAUUUCCCUUUUCUUGGACUCCAAACAAAACAAAGAAAGAAGAUAAUCGUAAUGCAUUUUAACUGCUCGACGAAAUGCUUAGUCCAGCGCUUUGCUCUGUGUUUUCUUUGAUAAGUGUCAGCUGGGUUUGGUGGUAAAGCAGAAGAUUACAUCGGGAUAUUGGUGCAUGGCGCCGUAAGUUGGUCGGUGUCACACCGAUCAAAUAGGUCGGUGUCGCACCGAUCAUCUAUAGUCACUAGUUGGGGAGUCUUUUCGGGCAAUCAAUCUAAGCAACAAGAAGUGAACACUCUUUGUGCUUUUAUGUUUUCGGCUUGGUCGAUGGGCCCGACUCCAACAUCCUUGUUGGCGAGAUGCAAGAUUUUGAAGCCCAUAUCAAACGUGAGCCAAAACAGAAUAAAUGGCCGAUACUCAAACCUUUUCUUCUUUGCCAAAUUUCGUUGAGGCUACUUAAAUUCCUCUGACCAAAUUGAAGUUUUACGCGAUCAAUUCCUUUCCUCGUCAAUCCAUAUAUCUGAAAAAUAGUGAUAAGCUGAUCAAACGAAUGAUCUUAACUUUCUGCGGUGCGAUGUGUCCUGAUUGAUAAAUUUGGUUUGUAGUGCAUCUGAGGGCUGGCCAUUUCUCGCAGUUGAAAAAGAAAGAUGGUUUCCGCGAAUAGGGAAAUGGCGGUGUAUUGCUUUGACACUCUUGUUGCUCACUAUAACAACGAGGAAGCACCCCCUCCUGCCUUUGACGAGGGCCAACAGUAAACCCUUUUCUCCAAUGCUUUUCCUCUCAACAUUCAUUGAUUUGUCAUGUCUGGGGUCAUUUGAUUCAUUGUGAUUCUGGUGCAAAGGAAACCCCUUCCUUUAUCAUUGUCUUUGGCCUAAUUUCUUUCUGGAGACCCUCUUUUUAGAAUGGUUCAGCGAUUGAUUUCAUGGUUUGAGCUACUAAUUGCUUGCUUUCUUCUUAAUACUCUCUACAAGGUGCCGGAGGCUUCCCUGUCUUUCAUUCUUAUGAACUCUUUGCUGGUGUUAAAGUAUCCUUGUACUUCACUAGGGUCGCCUUAUCACCCAUGAGUAGUCAUAGACUAAGCUGCAAGUUACUGUAAACCAAGAUUUCUGCUCUUUUCCCCUUUUUUAUCAAAUUGAGAGGGUGAUGUUUCCGUGAAUCUUAUACAAGUUAAGCUUUUCAGUGUUUGCUACUAAAAGACCUGGCUGUCGUAACUUUUAGAAGAUUGAAACAAGACAUAUGUUUAUCAAGAUUAAAAUAAUACAUAUUUUUUAUGGACAUGUUUCUAUUUGGGGGGUCUGAAUAAAAAGCAAUAUUAUUUUGAGGCUUUUAGCUGACAACUAACUAUUCAUAAACAAUUAUGGGCUGUUUUCAUCUCUUUUUCUUUUCUUUUCUGUUCAGUAAAAUGUCUAUAGUUUGAUAGUUCUUUGUCCACUUAACUUUAAUGAUUAAUGUUUGGAAUAUGAGCUUUAUUUAAACAAAUGUAGCUGAGACAUUUUGGUCGAACUUAGAACUAAAGAUCUCGUUUCCAAGCUGGUGCUCCAUUAAUGCAUGAAACGAGGUCAAGACAAUGCUAGGAAGCUUUUCAUUGGACUUGUAUCCAGGCUUUUCAAAGGAAACAAAGGAAAAUUUGUUUGCUUGCUAGUCAUACUUAUAAUUAUGGAUGACUCCACUGGUGGUAAUCAUGAUAAACUCUUUAGAUUCAAGCAAGUUUUUGAGUUUUGUGCUUUCCCUUCUGUAUCUUUCCCAUGAUAAUAUUUUCUUUCUUAUUUUGGUCUCUCCUAUAUUUAGUUUGCACAAUUGUUUCUUUCAGUAGCGGUGAUCUAAUAUUGACAGAGUGGACCUUGCAAUCAGACAUCCAUUCAGUAUGAAAAUGUUAAAUCUUUUCAUUUGCUUACGUUUAUCCUCACAAUGAAUGCUUCUAUAGUUGCUCUGAGCUGGAUAUAAUGGUGAUGAACGUUCUCCUUUUUUUUCCCUCUCUCUCCAGUCCAUUGUUUGUUACUUGGAAGAAAGUGGUCAAUGGUGGUGAGCCUCGUUUACGUGGAUGCAUUGGGACUUUGGAAGCUAGAGGUUUGAUUAAUGGAUUCAAGGACUAUGCUUUAACCAGGUAUUGAUGAUAAUGUGUUCCUAAUGCAAAAAACAUUUAUUUAUUUUGUUGUAACCUACGUAAAACAGAUGAGAGAGCUUUAACAUGUGGAAAUCACUAUUAACAGUGAACUUUGUAAAUGCUGUCAAAAUUGAUUUAAAUUGUGUAAAAGAUGCAUUUCUAUUUGACCCAAAUCUCCUAGCGAAACUGUACAAACCAUUAGAGGGUCUGUGGGUGCCUUCGAAUUUCAGGAUUACUUAUAGAAUGUCCUGAUUGCUGCAUUGUCUUGAAGAUGAGGUUUAGUUCUUAUAAGUUUUGUCCCUGUACCUUUUUAGUUGGAUCCAAAUAAUUUCCUUCACUGAUUUAUAUGUGAGGAUAAGAUGAAGUUCUGUACUAAAGCUGCAUUGCAUAUCAGUGCUUUUAGGUUGCGUACAAAGUUGCAUUUAGAAAUUGCAUUGUUCUUCAUGCAUAGUUAAUUUAUCUUGUGACUGUUUUAUCUGGAGCACUUCUGAAACAAUUCGUACAAAUACCUGAUUUCAUUGUUUUUGGACUUUCGCUCACGUGAUAUAUGUUGCACCCCUGCCUCUGUAUGCUGCUUACGAUUUUGUAUAUGGACACAGUGCUUUAAGGGACCGCAGGUUCCCUCCAAUACAGGCCAAGGAGUUGCCUUCUCUAGAAUGUACAGUGUCUAUUCUAACUAAUUACGAAACUGCUAACAACUAUCUUGACUGGGAGGUAUGUUAUUUUCAACUCAUUUUUCUUGGAAUGUUGAGAUUGCAAUCUUUCCUCUAAUUACUCAGUCAUUAUACCCAGAGUGUUGUAUAAGCAUAUUUAUGGUCUUCCUUUUUUGAAGUUUUUGCUACUGUCCUCAGGGUCCAAAUCUUAGGCAGUGAAUGAAAGUUUUGAGUUAAGCAUGCAUCUUCAAGUCAAUGUUGCAGCUACUGCAUACCCUAAAUGCAGAAGACCUUUUAUGAUAAAUUUAAUACUGGAUAUGUAUUGUUAAAUCCUUACAAGUUAUAACUAUAUGGUGAUCUUGUUUUGAAUUUUAUCGAAAGGCUCUCUCUUUAAGCUUUUAAAAAUUUCAUGUUCGUAGCAAAAAAGUUGCCUUUUACAUCCUUAAGAGAAUGAAAAUAAAUCGUUCUUCACAAAUAAUAAGGUUUUGCAUAUUACUUUUGAAUGCAUGUAUCUUGUUGGAUCCUUGGACUAUUAUUGGUUAAAAGUUUUGAGUCGCAAGUGGCCAUCAAAUUGGUCAAUGGUGUGACGGACUUAUUUUUACAAAAUUUCGUAACAUGUUGAUCUUUUCAAGUAGGGCACAGCAUCUUAUCACCUUUUGGAAAGAAAAUAACAGCUCUUACUUCUAAUGAUCCUGAUUGCAGGUUGGGGUACAUGGUAUGAUUAUUGAAUUUACUGACCCUAACAACCAGAUUAGGCGGAGUGCCACAUAUUUGCCUGAAGUGGCUGCCCAUGAAGGUAAAGAUUAUUAGUUUGAUCAGAGGUUGCAGAUGCUUUUGGUUUUCUUUUGUCAAAAGGUUAAUCAUUGUUCUUAAAAUGUUGCGGCGCCCCCAUUCAACCGUACUAGAGAACGCUUGCACAAACAUUAGGAUUACACGUCAAAAGUUUGAUCAAUGAAAAUGAUCGGGAUUG